AUGACGUGACGUUCGAAUGUAUUUUGUAACCGAGGAGUGUAAUAUAUAACAGACUGCAGGCUAUUUGGUAGUUUUUUGUUGUUUUAAUACAUAUUACUAAACGAGGUGACUGAAGCCUAGAAACUGAAGUAAGCAAGCUUGCCAUCUGUGUUUCUGUGUUGCCGUAAUGCUGGAAUUAGAGAAAAAGAUGGGGAUGCACGUAACGUUAACGUCAGCUAGAUUGUUGUUCUUUCUACUCGUAGCGAGUAAUUUACAAGCAGGGAUGUUUAAAACUGUCCAACAAGCUUUGUUUUCAACGGGUCUUCAACUACCCAAAUCCGUACUUGGGGAGAGUAAGAGUCAAGACUAUGAGGUCCGAACUUAUCAGACAACAAAGUGGGUGAGCACCAGGGUGACUGGCCUGCAGUAUGAUUCGGCUCUCAGUACUGGCUUCAAGCGCCUCUUCCAAUACAUCCAGGGGAGCAAUGAGCCCAAGGAGAAGGUGGAGAUGACUGCCCCGGUGACUUGCCUGGUAGAUCCUGGAGCUGGCCCCGCGUGCGAGACCAACUUCACUGUGUCCUUCUACGUCCCAGAGCAGCACCAGGCCGACCCACCCAAGCCCACCGACCCGGAAGUGUUCAUUGAAGACAGGAAGGAGCACACCGUGUUUGUGAGGACGUACGGGGGCUUCUCCAACGAGCAGAAGAGCCGAGAGCAGCUGCUGCAGCUGGUGGAGAGCCUGCAGAGAGACGGGCUGGCGUUCGAAGAGAAGCCCUACUACACUGCAGGCUACGACAGCCCCUUCAAACUGACCAACAGGCGCAACGAAGUGUGGCUUUUCAAGAAGCCUGACGCGUGACCACACUGCCAGUACCGUGGCUAGCAAGGUAGAGCUUGUGAGCACAAGUGCCUUUUACCGAGCGUGCUUAACCAUUCCUGUUUUUGUGUUUAUGUCCCCAGCAUUGCAGCUAAAGGGUUAAAACAAGUACAGUUUUUAAUACUGUGUUUACUAAAUGUCAGUAGUUGUAGUGCUUUUUUUUAUAAGGUCAAGGAUAUCGUUACAGGUUUAGGAAGUGAAAUGUACUAGCCAAGAAACAUUUAUUGCAAAUAAUGCGAUCAUUUCAUAUUCUUAACAUUGUGAUAAUUAUUUCAAGUGCAUUGAAUGGCUUUCUUGUUUAAAGGGACUAAAAUGACUGGUGAACUGAUCAGAUCGAUCCGUUUCAUCACUGCAUAUCCUUAACAUUAAGAUAGUUAUUUCAAGUGAAUUCCACGGCUUUCUUGUUUAACGGGAGUACAAUGACUGGUCAACUGAUCGGUUUGAUCCAUUUCCUUCUUGAGAUAAACAUCCUACAGAACACUAAAAAUGUGAAUAUGAAUGAAAAAAAUCAUGGGAUGAAAGGGACUUUUAAUAACAUAAUGAUGAGAACAGGCCAUUCAGCCCAACGAUGCCUGCCAUUUUCCUGACUAAAUUACUGUUCUGAUUACCUACAAGCUAGAUAGUAUCUAACACUAUAUCAAGCCAAGUCUUGAAAAUCCCCAGAGUUUCUGCCUCUACUACGUGACCUGGGAGGCUAUUCCACACAUUGACUACUCUCUGUGGGUAAAAAUUCUUCCUAAUGUCUGUACGAAUGUCUAGUCCUGUCCUAACGGAUUGUGUCCUAAUGUCUAGUCUUCAAGUCUGUGAUAUAAAUGUGUCGGAAUGAGAAUGAUUAAACAGCUUUAAAAUGUUCAAUAAACUAAUUUGAAAUUAA